CGCGCUAGAGCUGCCAGGCCCGCUGGGUCGAGCUUCGAGCAGAGGAUGCGACGGGGCUGGAAGAUGGCUCUGUCCGGGGGGCUGCGGUGCUGCCGCCGCAUGCUGGCUUGGGUGCCCGUGCUCGUCAUCGUGCUCGUUGUGCUUUGGUCCUACUACGCCUAUGUCUUCGAGCUGUGCGUGGUGACUGUGGCCAACACAGUAGAAAAAGUCAUCUACCUCACAGUGUACCAUGCCCUCUUCGUUUUCUUCAUCUGGACCUACUGGAAAUCGAUCUUCACUCUCCCUCAUCAGCCACACCAGAAGUUCUUCAUGUCCUACGGAGACAAGGAACGCUAUGAAAAUGAAGAAAGGCCUGAGGUUCAGAAGCAAAUGCUCCUUGACAUAGCCAAGAAGCUGCCGGUGUAUACAAGGACUGGGAAUGGAGCUGUGCGAUUCUGUGACCGGUGCCAUCUGAUCAAGCCUGAUCGUUGCCACCACUGCUCUGUCUGUGCCAUGUGUGUCUUGAAAAUGGACCAUCACUGUCCCUGGGUGAAUAACUGCAUUGGAUUCUCCAACUACAAAUUCUUCCUUCAGUUCUUGGCCUACUCUGUUCUCUACUGCCUCUACAUCGCUGCCACUGUUUUCCAGUAUUUCAUCAAGUAUUGGGUGGGUGACCUGCCCAAUACACGCUCCAAGUUCCAUGUCCUCUUCCUCCUCUUUGUGGCUUGCAUGUUUUUCGUCAGCCUGAUGAUUCUCUUUGGAUACCAUUGCUGGCUUCUCAGCAGAAACAAAACGACCUUGGAGGCUUUCUCUGCUCCGAUAUUUCUGAGUGGCCCGGACAAAAAUGGAUUCAACCUUGGCUUCAUCAAAAACUUCCAGCAAGUGUUUGGUGAGAACAAGAGGCUGUGGUUACUCCCCAUUGGGUCCAGCCCAGGUGAUGGACAUUCCUUCCCGAUGAGGUCCAUGAACGAGUCCCAGAAUCCACUGCUGGCCAACGAAGAGCGCUGGGAGGACAACGAGGAGGAGGGUCGAGAUUUCCCGGAAAGCUCAUCAUCGCUUACCAUUGAAAUGGAGACAUAGCACUUUUCCCAUCUCCUGCUUGUGUCCACUAGGCCCCCAUCACCUCUCCUUCCUAUGAGGCUGGCAGAGUUCAAAAUCUGGAGAUGCCCAGUGUUCAAAAGGACACCACGGUGGAGUAUGAUUGGAUUCAAACCCUCGCAAUCUGGAAAUAUCCCAUCCCAUGCCUGAUGUGCCGAUGUUGCAGGGCUUUCCAAGUCCUUCUUUCAUGUUGUGACUGGCCACUGGUCCAGGCCAAUGUGCCCUCAUCUCUUUCCCCUUUAUCCCCCAUCAGUGAGGGCCUUAAUGCCACACUGGGCUUCUUUCCAUCUGCUAUGGGAAGCCCAGGAAGCCCCUGCACUGUGAUGUGGGAGGGGCAUUUGAGUAUGUCUGCUGCAUGCGCCUGUGUGUGUGUGUGUGUGUGUGUGUGUGUGUGUGUGUGUGUGUGUGUGUGUAGAAGUACAUGUAUGGGUGCAGGCUGUGUACAGAAACUGGCUGAUCACCAGAAGAACCGAGAUUCACAACCAAGGCUGGAGCAUGGCUUGGAGCCUCUGUGUAGACACAAGCUUCCCUGUCCCCCCACCCCCACCCCAAAUUGGCUGAGCUCUUGAGUGCAACCCUCAGACCAGGCAGGACCUUCCAAUUUCUGAGAGAUCUUCACAUGCUAAAAAGGCUAGGGAACUGAAGCACUGUGGGAAACCUCCCCCAGCCCAUUUUCCUUCCUCAGCCUCAAGCCCCCAAGUCUAACCCCAGCUCAAAUCCUUCCCCCCAAAAGAGACAGUGCUCUCACCAACCUGCAGCUGCUCAGCAGGGGAGGAUUUCAGCCUUAUCCCACCACAGGCCCAAGAAAUAGGAUAACACCAUAUCCCAGCUACAAAGGAUCACAGAUGUCAUCCUGUCCACACACACACUAUCCCUACCUCUCAUCAAAGCUGAGGAAACUGAAGCCUUGAAAAGAGAAUAGAUUUGCCUACCCAAGUCACAUAUCAGAUGCAGGAUUUGAACCCAGGACCUUGGACUCCCAGUCUAGUUGAUACAGGAGCUAAAAGAUAAGUUCAGAGCAGAUUCAGGGCAACAAGUGUCAGAUGCUCAACCUUCCCCCCAAAAAACUGUUUCCCUCCCCAACAUGUUUCCCUCUUCCCCAACACAUUUUCCUUCCCCUCACAACACGUUUCCCCACUUGCACACAUGCGCACACGCCUGCACACACACACAUGUAUGCACCCUGUGUUCUUAGACUUUACAAACAGGUUUAAUGAGGACCAAGAAAUGAUUGCUCUGAACUGUGGGCUUUCAGGACAAUUUUUCAAUCCUAACCUUGUUCUUUUCCUAAGGAACAAGUUUCAGACCUACCAUUAGCCCUAGAGCUCCCACCAUGUAAACACUUUUGUUUACUCCCCAGGGGUUAGCAUAUAAACAUUGAUAAACUGAGCAGUAACUUGCCAGUCCUUUCUUUGACCUUUUCAAAGCUUCCCCGGGAGCUCUGCCAUUAGGACGGCUCGGUAGUUUCCAUUCAUUGCCUUCUUUCCUUAUAAUCAGCCUCUCCCUAGCCCUUGGUGCAGUGUGUGGACGCUAAAGCUGUUUACCCUAUCCUAAUACCUUGGAGUACUGAUGCAUUCAGCUUCCCUGGCAAGCCUCUUGUCCCCAGCUGCCGAGAGCUGAGCAAAGAGAAGGCCAAGGCCUCCCAGCCAGCCUUCACAGCAUGCAUGGCUGUGGGAUGGAGCUUCUGGAGCUGGGCUUUCAUCAAAGCUUCCAGCUGCUGGGCCAAGCUCCAGGGAAGCUGAAGCCCCAUGGAAUGGAUGGCCCCAGUGGUUUGGGGCACACCCAGAGCCCUCUGGCCAAGGCAGCUUCAGGAGCAAAGCUCAACCGUUAUGGUGAUGGUUCCCUCUGACUACUGGCCAAAGUUAAAUUUCUUGGUCCUUCAAAAAGCCUGAAGCCAAAUGACAGCCUCAGAAGACUGUGGACUCACAGCUUCUGUAUGUCACCUCCAGGAAGGGAGAGAAAAGCCCACUCUCCCCUACCUGGGCAGAUUUUCCCCUUCCCUCUCUUAUAGACUGGAAGCACAGGAGAGGAGGUAGAUGAAGAUCCACUAGUCCCACCUCCCUCACCUUAAAGGCAUGCAAACAGAGGCCCUGAAUGGGAGAAGGUCCUUCGGGGAGGCAGCUGAAUCGAGAUUUGAACCCAGCUCUUCCAAUUCCCAAUCCAGUCCCCUCUCCACCCUACCAUGCUGCCUUUUCUGCCAGUGGUUCUGCUAAAGCAUCUACUACCCCCAAUCCCAGGUUAGGUGAUGUCUCCCAUGCCCUGGCGCAUAUUAGUACUCCCCUCCCAAAAGUCAAGUCACAAAGGCCGUGCCGAGGAAUCCUAGGAGAGCAAGCCUCUACUGGAGGGCUCCCAGAGCCCAAUAAGGCAUUCUUGGCACCAUGGUUCCACUGGCAUCCAAUCCGCUCGUAACCUUGGCUUUCCAGAGGUCGCCAUAGGGCUGACCGCUGUACCAAGCUAGAGGCCCUGCUGAGAAAGAGAUAGUACGUUUGCUUAGAAUCCUAAACUGUACAGACUUUACUUUAGAGCUGGAAGGAAGCUUAGCGAUCGUUUGACCUGGGGUCCAUGAACUUGCUUUUUUUGAAUAUUUUGCCGACUGCAUUUCAGUAUAAUUGGUUUCCUUUGUAAUCCUACAUAUUUUAUUUUACGCAUCUAAGAUGAUGAUUUUGAGAAGGGCUCCACAGGCUUCGCCAGAUUGUCCGAGGGGCCCAUGACACGACAAAGGUGGAGAAUGCCUAGCCUAGUUGGAGCCCACUGGAACAGGCCUGUCUUUCUUAUGGACUUCAUGCCACUCGGUGCUCCAGCCAUUAGCCCUCAUCUCUCACAUCUGUGCUGAAAGGUGCUAGUCUAUCUUCUGUCCUCGCCUCAGUCAGUCCAAUACAGGGCUAGAAUGAGAAGUUGGACCACCCCAGUAUUACUAAAUAUCCUGUGAUCACAUGAGCCCUUAAUGCCUUCCUCCUUUAUGGGGCAACAAGAUGGGGAUGACUUUUUUUUUUUUAGCUAGAGAAAUGAAGGCUCAGGGAAGUUAAGAGCUGUCCAGUUAGGCAAGGCUGGCUGUCGGGAACAUUGUGGGAACAUUGUGGGAACAGAUACAUUAAGGGACUCCAGGCCUUCUUUCGACAAAAGGGCCCCCAACAUUCUCUACUGGUGACAAUCACCCCCUCUGUGCAUUCCUGAACCUUGACUUCCGAGGGCAGCUAAAAGCGGAAAGCGUCAGAGGCUUUGGAAUCAAAGACCCCAAGCCCAUGGCUCAGCUCUGCCACUUUCUGGCUCUGUGACUGGACACUGAGUUUCACGUCCCUCAUUUGUAGAUGAGCUCAGAGGUCACUUUCAGUGCUAGAUCUAGGACCCAGGAUCUCAUGUGGGGUCACAUCAAUGUUGUUUGGUCACGAACCCUCUGCCAGUCAGAAAGCAUCCCAAACAAGAUGAUUGAAAUUCUCUAUGAGACAGUUUUCUUUGAAAAUUCAUGAGCUCCAUAAAACCAGUGGGAAAGAGAAAAUAGCAUUCAGAGUAUGAAGGGUCAUUAGAGAACAUCUGGUCCAAGUGUGUCCGUUAACAAAUGAGGGAAAAGGCCCAGAGAAUGUGGGAUGUCAUUUGCCUGACAACCCCCAGCUAGGAAGUGGCAGAGCUGGGAUUUGAACCUGGGUCUUCUGCCCCCAAAUCUAGAGCUCUUUCCACCGUGUCUCAGUUGGCUUUGGAGGUGCAGUCCAUUUGCAUUUGUUUCAACGCAGCCCGAAAUGUACAGUAUCAAAUAGUAGCUUUUUGCAUGCAAAUGAAGUGCAACAUACCAAGGAAUAGGCGCUUCCAAAAAGCACAUAGCCAAUAACCAUUCACUUCCCAGAAAGGGCUGAGGCUGACUCCAGGAGCAUACUACAAGUAAGUUCAUGUGCUCUAUGGGAGGCAGCCAGAAAGCACCUUCCCCAAGUUAUGGGACCAUCCUCGCAGGCAUUAAAAAGAGAUGAUGACUGUAAUGACCAAGCAAUGGGCUUUCUGUAGCAGAUAUGGGGCAAGAGGAGAUGGUAUAGUGGAAAUGCCUUCGGGAAAUAACCCCUGUCCCAAACCUCCCACUGGCUAACCAAGCUAAAGGUCUGGGGGCCCGGACAGGAGGCUCCUGCUCUUUCUCUGGAAUGUGUUCAGGGGACUAGAGAGAACUGCCCCUCUGAGCAAGAAAAUCAAGUCACCGUUCACUCAGCAAUGAAGGUCAGGUUGCCAAUUUGCUACUGAUACUCCCCUCCCCCAAUUUCUUGGUUUCAUCUGUGCCAAUGUGACUGACUGUAUGUGGUGCUCUGACUUGUGCUACUGAGUAUUGAUUACAAAAGGCUGGCAAACUGUACUUUCCCAUGUUAAUCUAUUAAAAGUAUGUGCAUGGGGUUGUUAUUUCUUCUAGCUGA